CGUGGUGAUGAAAACUUAGUUAUAAGCAGGGGACUUGCCAAGUACGCUGCUGUAAAAAAUUGGGAGUGAUUUGAAAUUUCCACGUAAGAUUUUGAGAAGCGCGAAGUUAGGGUGCUCAACUUAUGAUACUCUUCCCCUAUUUACUACUGUUUCAUUUCCUCUCAUUCAUUUGAUCUAUCGUCCAUAUCAAUUUAGUUUUUCAAAUUCAUUUACACCAUACCUUGAAAGAUCUGCUGUAAGGACGCCAAUAUGUUCGGACUUAUUGUCUUUAUUUUGGUAAUCUGUGCCAUCGCCUGGUGGAUUUUCCGUUUUGCAGUUGCCGACGCUGACUUUACUCUACUUGGGAAAGGACCGGCCAAACAGCACGAAAUUGAAGAUGAGGUCGUGUGGAUCACAGGAGCCAGCCAAGGAAUUGGAGAGGCUCUUGCAAAGGAGUUUGCUCGUUUGGGAGCCAAGCUUAUUCUAUCAGCACGGCGGGAAGCAGAAUUAGAGCGUGUAAAAGCAGGACUAUCUGGGAAAAAUGCACCCAAUGGAGUGAUGAUACUACCCAUGGACCUGGCAGCGGGUGAAUAUGCAAUUGAGCAAGCUGUUCAGAGAGCAGAAUCUUUUUUCGGUGGUUCUGGUGUUUACUAUAUGGUCCAUAAUGCAGCCCAUGAACGCCCUAAAACUUCAAUCUUAGAGACAUCAGAAGAAUCUCUUAAGGCUACCUUUGAUGUCAAUGUGCUGGGAACCAUAACACUAACACGACAGCUUGCCCCUUUCAUGCUAAAGAGGGGUAGAGGCCAUUUUGUUGUGAUGAGUAGUGCUGCUGGCAAGACGCCUGCACCUGGUCAGGCUGUCUAUGCAGCUUCCAAACAUGCUGUGAAUGGUUAUUUUCAUACCUUGCGUUCUGAGCUAGCUCAGAAAGGCAUCAAAGUCACAGUAGUCUGCCCUGGUCCAAUUGAGACAUCAACAUCACCUAGUUUGGAAAAUACAUCAAUGCAAAAAAAGGCAUUAGAGAAACGGGUAUCAGUAACAAGGUGUGUUGAGCUUACAGUUAUUGCAACAACCCAUGGACUGAAGGAGGUUUGGAUUUCCAAACAGCCUGUACUUGCAGUCAUGUAUGUCAUGCAGUAUAUUCCAUCGCUAGGUCAUCAUCUGAUGGAAAAGAUUGGUCCCAAGCGCUUAGAAACUGUGAAACAAGGUGGCAGUGCUUAUGGUCUGCAUUUGCUGUUUGGCCGAAGUAAAAAGCAUACCUGAUAUAUUUUGGUUUGAAACACCAAAUGUAAAUGAGAAAAUGAGAAGCGAAGGUGCAGACAAGAAUUGUCAAAGGAAUUCUACGUUAUUUCACUGUAUAUUUGACAUUUGUUACACAUCUUUUUUGUUUUAAACAAGUUAAUGUUGCAAAGAAUUCUAAAUUACAACCCACUUAUUUCUUGUAAUGCCAAUAGCUCUAGCCAUAAUGGCAAGAUGAGGUAUUUGGAGUUCAAUACUUAAAGAGUGGGGAGUCUCUUACAAAAUUAAUAAAAUUCUGUAAUAAUCAUAGCUAAUUACAAGUUGUAGAAAUUUCCUAGUGCAAGCUGACAGCUUGAAAGAUGUCAGUUUCAUUUAGUUCCAUGAUGAUUUAAGCAACAAGUGGAACUCAGAUUUGUCUCUGCAUUCCUCGUCACGCAUUUAAGAAAGAAAGCAUAAGUCACAUUAACUAGAUUGUAAAGACAUCACAGAUCAAGAUUACUAUAUUCUAUGUAUUCUAGUCUCUUCACUA